GGUGAGCGAAUCAGAGUGUUCAUACGUGCCACAGAUCUGGCCAAUCCUCCUCACCAAAACGAAACCGAAGUGGUGAUUAACGUGCAAUCAGCGAACAUCUCCCUUCCACACUUCUCGAAUCAUCAUUACCUCUUCACAAUACCUGAAGAUGCUUCCAUUGGUACAGUUGUGGGACGCUUACAGCAAAAUCAGCAACAAAUCCUUUCGAGUGUACGUUUCUCGAUUGCGUCUCAUUCUGGUUCAUCGGAAAUUCCAUUCUCCGUCGACCAGUCAUCUGGAAGAUUAAUCGUCAACAGUCCAUUGGACAGAGAAAAGGUUGCUGAAUGGCGUUUCAUAGUCCGUCUGUCUUCGGCGUUGAAUAAUAUUGUUGGCGAGGAUAGUGAUAUGGCUGUGGGUACAUUGGCAAUGGUAACGAUUCGAUUGAGUGAUGUGAACGAUAACGCACCACAAUUCCACGGUAUAUACGAACGAAUUGCGAUAUCUGAAGACUCGCCAAUUGGCACGAGCGUUGCCGUGAUGAGUGCAACUGAUGCGGAUAGUGGACCAAAUUCGAGGAUAUUUUUCAGUAUCGAACAGGUUCGUGAACGGAGAUGA